GUUUGCUCCGCCCGUGGCGGCCAGGCUCACGGGCUCAGAGCGCGCACCGAGAGGCGGCAGGGCGGAGAAGAGGGAUCCGCAGCUACUGUAAGGUCCAGAAGCACUAAGUACUUGAUUUUGUUUUACUAGCUAAGCCACAAAGACUGCAAACAUGUCUCUGGAAGACAUCUGUAUGAACACCCAGGAUUUGUCUGAAAAAAGAAAAUUAGAUGCUGGAGGAUUUGGAACAAUUUUUUUAUGCCAUCACGAGAAAUAUGGAGAUGUAGUAUUAAAAAAAGUGUAUACAGGACCUGAGCGCACCAAUUAUAAGGCUUCCCUCCUUGAAGAAGGCAGUAUUAUGUACAGACUGCAGCAUGAGCGUGUGGUAAAACUGCUAGGUAUCAUUUUGGAAGAUGGAAACUACUCACUUGUGAUGGAGUAUGUGCAACGAGGGAACAUGAUGAAAGUGCUACAGAAACUCCCGCUGCCUUUGUCAGUGAAAGGGCGUUUUGUGAUGGAGAUUAUAGAAGGAAUGCUUUAUCUGCAUAAAAAAGGCUUCGUACACAAAGACCUAAAACCGGAAAACAUCCUUGUGGACACAGACUUCCACAUUAAGAUUGCAGAUUUUGGUUUUGCAUCCUAUAAGAGCUGGAGUCAUCUGUCCCGAGAAGAGACAGGCCGACGCAAGCAAAUCAACAGCAUUUGUCACUACAGCGGUGGGACUCUUUCCUAUAUGGCCCCAGAGCAUUUAAGCACUAUUCACAUAAAACCUGGAGAGAAAUCAGAUGUUUAUAGCUUCGGCAUAGUGAUGUGGGCAAUUUUUGCUAACAAAGAGCCAUAUGAACAUAGUAUAAAUGAUUCUCAGAUUCGGUUUGUCGUCAAGGAUGGAAAGAGGCCAAACAUAGAGGAGAUCACUGAUAAAUGUCCAGUGGAGAUUAUUGACUUAAUGGAACAAUGCUGGAAACAAGAGUCAGAGAAACGGCCAACCUUUGCAGAAAUUAGUCAAAAAUACAGUCCAUUUUACUGCCAAAAUCUAGAAAACAAUAUUGGAGCUGAUCUGGAGAAGUUAAAAAAAAUGUGGCCUGUGUCAGACGAACUGCUGGAUGAGAUGCAGUCCCUUCAAAUAGAUGCUGUAGCAGAAAACAGAAGUAAUGCUCAAGCAGAUCAGCCUGAUUCUCUACACAGUAUUCAAGGUCCCAUGACCAGUCAGGUUAAUGAAGCCCUGUCUGCUGCCUCCCCUGAGAACCAGCCUGUUGAGAGCUGUGAGACCCCAUUUACAUCUGCUGAUAAUCUAAACAGAAAACUUCAGCGUGAAUACAACUACCAUGCAUAUGGGAGCUGGAUGGAUAAAGCAGUUCUUCCUGUAGUAUACACCCCUGAAAUGAGAGAGGAAGAAAGGAGACGAGUUUCCUAUGAUCCACUUGCAAAGCCGUCUCCUAUUCCUCAAUGGAGUGAGCUGCAUCCCAGAGCUGAAAAAACAACAGUAAACACUAAUCCAUAUAUUUGGCCAGCCGCAAUAACACCAAAACAGGGAACUGUAGACACUUUUCACGGGAUAAACCCUAAGGGUAUUCUAAUGGGAAACACAGAUGCUACCUAUGGCUUGUGUUCAGCCAGUACCUUUAACCUAGGCACACCUGUGCCUGAAUCUGACCAAAACUCGCAAUCACAAACCAAUGUAAACUGGUAUCCAAAGAACACAGACAAAGAUACAGGUAACACAGAUUCCACUCCUUUCAUAAGGCAAAUUUUUAGACAUUCUAGUGUUCCCAGAGCAAGCAGAGAAGAUUCAGUCAAGUACAACAUAAGUUACAGUUCUGGAAUUCAGAUUGGAUCCUACAAUCACAUGAAGAUUGAAGAGCCCGGUCAAAACGUCAGCACUUAUCCUGGUGCUACGGAAGAAUCUUAUAGGUAUUAUAAGAAAAAUGGUGUGUUUGACAAUGAAAGUGCCGUGACUGAUGAACAUCUGAAUCUAGUGAAAGAAAAGUUGGCCAAACAGUGGAAGGAGUGUGCUCGUAAACUGGACUUCUGUGAACCUGACAUUGAUGAAAUUGAUUACGACUAUGAUCGAUACGGACUAAAAGAAAAAGUUUACCAAAUGCUGCUUAAGUGGGUAAUGAGGGAAGGUGCCAAAGGUGCUACAUUUGGGAAGCUUGCCAAAGCCCUUUAUGACUGCCAAAGACCAGAUCUCCUUAAUAGUUUAAUGCAAAUCAAAAAGAAAGAAAAUUGACAGAGAAUGAGGGGAAAAUUAGGGUAUUUUUUCCUGAAGACCUUCCAAUAACAAGUAAUAAUUCUGAACAGGCUUUCUGGAGCUCUCUUUUUUGCACAAGCUUUUUGGAAUAGUUUUUUUCUGCCAAGCAGUUCUCAGUGAAUACAUCCUUACUGGUUGUAUCAAAAAGUUUGUGUCAAGAUAAUUGGUCUUCCAGAAGGAUAAGCCAGGAGGAAGCACCUGACCUGAACUAGCCAA